GGGAAAUGUAUGAAGCCACGUCCAGAUCAAAACUCAGUCCAGCACCACAACCAUCUUCAUGCUGCAUUUGUUUCACUGAGUCCUGAUCCUAAAAGGUCACCUGAAACUAUUUCUCUACAGGAAGCACUGCAGAGGUCCAGACCAGACUUCAUCAGUCGUUCCCGUGGCAGAGUGCGAGAGCUAGAGCGAAGGACACAUGAGAGGAGGGAGCUGGCAGAUUCAGUAGACCCACAGGCGAAUGCUGCUCUCAGGCAGAGGAGAGUCCACAGUGCCCGGUCUACCUCUCUGAAUGAUAACCUUUUCAAACCCAGAGAUAGAGCCAUUACUGGAAGAGAGAUGCAGCUCAGAUCUAAGCGUACGCUUGCAGAAGUGAAGAGGAAAAAAGAGGAAGAGAAGAAGAGAGAGGAGUGUUUGACCAACAGACAGCGAGUUGAACUUUUCAAAAAGAGACUGUUGAAUCAGAUUCUUCAAAGGAGCAACAGCUGAAUGAUGCACAACAGAUGAAGAUUAUGACAUGCAAAGCCUGUAGCAUUGUAUAACAGACUGAUGCAGUUACCUUUGCUCUUUGACAGUGCUGAAUAUGAAUUAAAAUGUCAGUGUAGGUCAUGAUAUAACCAACCCCUUGUUUUUUUCUCUUGUGUAUUAGCAUUACAUUUGAGUUUCAGAGCUUAACAUCUGUUUUUCUGAAAAAUAAAUCCAUGGCAGUCUUUCAGAAACCCAGAAGGUCCUUUAACAUCAUUUACCUUUGUUUUGAAGGUUUUUCCAGAACCUUCAAAGACUCUUCUGCCCAUCUGGAUAAAAAAAAUCUAUUAAAGCAAAAUAUAAAAAAGAAUUAAACUGUUUCCCUUGUUGUGACUCUACUAUAUUUUCUAACCCAACCAAAGUCCUUACUCAUUUUGUAUGACACAACAUAAAUAUAACAUUAACACAGAUAUACAUGAUAAUAAAAAGUUCUUAAUUUUGUACAAAUCCAGAAAGGACCCCUAAGGUGUCCAUCAAAAAUGUUUUUUUAUUGUGCAGUAAACUAAAUAUAUUUGAUUCAACGGUCCUUCAUGAAAAGAUUCUUGAAAUAUCUUCAGAACAACGUUGUUAAAUGAUCUUCUGGAGUUUUGAAAGAUUGCCAUAGAUUUUUCUUUUGAGAAAAACAGAUGCUUAUGUGUGGGAUUCAGCUGUCCUAGCUGCCCUUGUGGUAUGCCAUUACAAAUAAAGAUGGUCAAAAUGGAUGCACUGUAUGAAAUCAUGGCUCAACAUUCUGCAUGGGUUGUAAUCAGAUAUCACCUGGUAAGCACACUGACUGAUACCCUUUUGAUGUAACAUCUAAACCAGUGAUGUAUGCAGUGUAUCAGCGUUAUCUUGUUUCUUGAUUGCAAAUUGCCUUUCUUUCCAGAAUACUUCAUGUAAUGGGAUGCAGAGUAACCUCUCCCUGCACGAUAAAGCGCUGAUGUCCUCACGCAGCCACUUUCACAUGAUCUCAUGUGAUGUGAAGCAGUGAUAUAAGACAGAAUCAUUCAUUAUGCCUCACAGUCCCAUCCAGGACAGUCUUCACUCACCAUCCUCAUUAUACAACCAACAAGCAGAAAGAAGCCUGAAGUGCGCUCUGCCAUCAUUCAGUGCCAGCUAUUAGCUGUAAGAUGGAGGAAUGUGACCUCUUCUCACUGGAAAUGCCCUGUUAAUGGACAGUGCCGAUUUUGAAUGGAGCUUUUGUCUCUGUCUUUGUCUCAUGAUGGACUGGGGUCUGCCAUUGCAGAUUUAGAUUUGUGUGUUUUGAUCCAAAGAGAAUGUGCUCAGAGUGCUGAUGCACAACAUGAUGGAGCUGGGCAUAAAUCAAAAGUGAGACGUGUGAAUAUUUAUUUUUGGAAUAAUAGACAACAGAGCAGAUGCUCUUUUCAUCAUUCCUAAUUGUUAUUGUUCUCAUUAGCCUUUAAGUUGGAGUUCUUUCAUAGUCCAGCUGUUUCAUACAUCUAAAUUUGCACUGAUGUCUCGGAGAAGACAGACGAGUGCUUCUGGCUGUUUUUGUAAACCUUAUUUCGUGUCAGUGCACAUGCAUGUGUGUAUUUAGAUGGGAGUAGAUUAUUAAUAACAGCAUUUGUGGUUCAUAAUUGUUUUCUUCUUUCUAAAAUGAAUAAUUUCAUCUAGAAAGUAUAAUAAGACAACUCUGAAGCAUAGCUGCUGCUUGAGGAGGGUUAUAAAGUGUGUGGUUUUCUCUAUUGAACUUUACAAUGGUUUUACUAUUCAGUGUAACAUAAAACAUAAUUGACUUUAUGUAUUUUGUAUGUAUUUUAU